CGGUGACAGCUGGGGAGGGACCCGGCAGCAGCGAGGUGCGGCUGCUGCGCCGCUGCUGCUCCGCAUCGCGCCCGCGGAGCCCCGGGAAGGAGCGGGCAGGGAUCGGCCGGGCCCUGCCGCCGCCGCCGGCCGCGCAGUGGAUGAUGUCACUAAUACUGCUCUGGAAGCCCUCCUUGGUGGUGAAAAGAAGAACAUUCCAACAGGACUAGGAGCUAGGGUGUGGAAAAUCCCAGAACAAACAAAGCUUGAGACUCAGCUGCUGGUGUUGCUCAGUCUUCACCUCUUUAAAUUAAAAUCAAACACAACUGCCUCAGAAAGCUGUGGACAAGAAAAAGGCCAUGAGAGACUGCUCCCAUGAUGGCAGAGCCUUGUAUGAGGGGUUUUGUUGACCACUGCACGACUCUUAAAUGCUAAAAGCAGAAAGCACUAGCUGGUAGCUCAGUGUGGAGCAAACGUUUUAUUUUAAACUUCAAAAACAAUUAUGUCAAAGAAAAGUCGUGCCAAGGGAGAGAAGCCCGACAUGGACACUGAAGCCCUGCAAGCUGCUAAUGAGGAGCUGAGGACUAAACUGACCAACAUCCAGAUAGAAUUUCAGCAAGAAAAAACCAAGGUGGGUAAACUGAGGGAAAAAAUCCAAGAGGUUAAGCAAGAAAGGGAGCAGGAGCAGCAUAAGCACACUGCCUAUAUUUCUGAACUGAAAGCCAAGCUCCACGAGGAGAAAAUGAAGGAACUUCAGAGUGUCAGGGAGCUACUGAUCCGGCAGCACGAGCAGGAGGUGGCACGAAUGGUGAAAAUCAAGGAUGGUGAAAUUCAGCGUUUGCAGUCGACAGUCAACGUGCUGCGGGACGGGGCGGCUGACAAGGUGAAGACGGCGCUGCUGAGCGAGGCAAAGGAGGAGGCUCGCAAGGCCUUCGAUGGGGAACGAAUGAAACUGCAACAAGAGAUCUUGGAGCUGAAAUCUGGCAAAAAGCAGCUUGAAGAAGCUCUGAACAACAUCAUGCAGGCAGAUAAGAUGAAGGCUGCGGACCUGCGCACGGCUUAUCAGUCCCACCAGGAUGAGAUCAACAGAAUAAAGCGGGAGUGUGAGAGGGAGAUCCGCAGGCUGAUGGACGAGAUAAAAGGCAAAGACAGGGUGAUUCUGGCUCUGGAGAAGGACCUUGGUGUCCAGGCAGGCCAUACCCAGAAACUGCUCCUUCAGAAAGAAGCUUUGGAUGAGCAGCUUGUCCAGGUGAAGGAGGCAGAACGAUACCACAGCAGUCCUAAGAGGGAGCUUCCUGCAGGAGUGGGGGAUAUCAGUGAACUGAUGGGAACUCCGGAGCAGCACCUGGAUGAACGAGAUGUGCGGAGAUUUCAGUUAAAAAUCGCUGAACUGAAUGCUGUAAUAAGAAAGCUGGAAGACAGGAAUACUCUCCUAGCAGAUGAAAGAAAUGAACUGCUGAAACGUUCUCGGGAGACAGAAAGUCAACUGAAGCCUUUGGUAGAAAAAAAUAAGAGGAUGAGCAAAAAAAAUGAUGAUAUGUUACAAUGUAUCCAGAGAAUGGAAGAGAAAAUAAAGAAUUUAUCGAGGGAAAAUGUGGAGCUGAAAGAAAAGUUAUCUGCACAACCAGCACUGAAGAGGCACACAUCUCUGAAUGAUCUCAGCAGCACACGAGAGGAACAAGAAAUUGAAUUCCUUAGACUGCAAGUCAAAGAACAACAGCAUGUUAUUGAUGAUCUCACAGUGGAAAGAGAACGGUUAUUGCGCUCUAAAAAACAGAGGAGGAAAAGUCUGAAGCCUCCAAAGAGGCAUGUUGUGGAGACAUUUUUUGGAUUUGAUGAAGAGUCUCUUGAUUCAGAAACUUCAUCUGUAACUUCAUACAACACAGAUAAAACAGACAGGACACCUGCAACACCAGAAGAAGAUCUGGAAGAUAGCACGCCUAAAGAAGAAGCUGAACUCAGGUUUUGCCAGCUAACAAGAGAGUAUCAAGCUUUGCAAAGAGCUUAUGCAUUGCUCCAAGAACAAGUUGGUGGAACCCUGGAUGCAGAGAGAGAAGCAAGGACUCGUGAACAACUGCAAGCUGAUCUUCUCAGGUGUCAGGCAAAAAUUGAGGACCUGGAGAAAGCUCUGAUGGAGAAGGGACAGGAUUCAAAAUGGGUAGAAGAAAAGCAGCUGUUAAUUAGAACAAAUCAGGAGUUGCUAGAGAAGAUUUACAGAAUGGAACAAGAAGAGCAUCAGCUGAAGAAUGAGAUGCAAGAUGCAAAAGACCAGAAUGAGCUGUUAGAAUUCAGAGUGCUAGAGCUUGAAGAGAGAGAGAGAAGGUCACCAGCAUUUAAUCUUCAUAUAACCACCUUCCCUGAAAACAAUGGAAGUGCACUUCAGCUGUUCUGCCAUCAGGAAGGAAUAAAGGACGUGAACAUAUCUGAACUUAUGAAGAAGCUAGAUAUUCUUGGAGAUAAUGGGAAUUUGAGAAAUGAAGAGCAGGUUGCAAUAAUCCAAGCUGGGACUGUGCUUUCCCUCUGUGAAAAGUGGUUGAAACAGAUAGAGGGGACAGAAGCUGCACUGACACAGAAGAUGUUAGACUUGGAGAAUGAAAAGGACCUGUUCAGUAAACAGAAGGGUUAUUUAGAGGAAGAACUCGACUACAGGAAGCAAGCUCUGGACCAGGCAUACAUGAAAAUCCAGGAGCUGGAGGCCACGCUGUAUAAUGCCCUGCAGCAGGAUCCCGGCCGGCGGGCCAGCGAGUCGCUGACGGAGGCGCAGCGGGAGGAUCUGCGCGCGGCGGUGGAGAAGGUGCGGCGGCAGAUCCUGAGGCAGAGCCGGGAGUUUGACAGCCAGAUCCUGCACGAGAGGAUGGAGCUGCUGCAGCAGGCCCAGCAGGUAAUCCCGAUGGUUCUCUCUCCUCCCCCUUGGUGUUGGUGUUACCUCUGUGGUUGCCGCCACUGCCCGUACGACAGCAUCGCUUCACCCUCACCUCGUGGAGUUGUGUUCAGUCUGGUCUCUGUACAGCUCCCGUGCCAAGGUGUGGUGUCAGCACCUGGGUGUGCUGGGCAUGGUGCACACUCAGAACAAGGCACUGUCUCACCACAAGGUGCUGUUGCACAACCUUUCGUGUGUGAGCAACCACACAGUCUCUUCCACAGGACUCCCAUGGGAGCUUGUUGCAGGUUUGAGGCCUAA